UGGGUUCGUUCGUUGCAGAUAAGGCCACGAGCCAGCUCCUGCUGGAGACAGACUGGGAAUCCAUCCUGCAGAUCUGCGACAUGAUCCGUCAGGGAGACACGCAAGCGAAAUACGCCGUCAAUGCCAUCAAGAAGAAAGUGAAUGACAAGAAUCCCCACGUGGCCCUGUAUGCACUGGAGGUCAUGGAGUCAGUGGUUAAAAACUGUGGCCAAACAGUCCAUGAUGAGGUGGCCAAUAAACAGACCAUGGAGGAGCUGAAGGAAAUACUCAAGAGGCAGGUGGAGACCAGUGUCCGCAGUAAGAUCCUGUACCUCAUCCAGGCCUGGGCUCACGCCUUCCGCAACGAGCCCAAGUACAAGGUGGUGCAGGACACCUACCAGAUAAUGAAGGUUGAAGGUCACGUCUUCCCAGAGUUCAAGGAGAGCGAUGCCAUGUUCGCUGCAGAGAGGGCUCCAGACUGGGUGGAUGCAGAGGAGUGCCACAGGUGCCGGGUGCAGUUUGGCGUUGUGACACGGAAGCACCACUGCCGGGCCUGCGGGCAGAUCUUCUGUGGAAAAUGCUCCUCCAAGUAUUCCACCAUCCCCAAGUUUGGGAUUGAGAAGGAAGUGAGAGUCUGUGAGCCCUGCUAUGAGCAUCUUAACAAGAAAACUGAGGGUAAAGCUGCUGCCACCUCCGAACUGCCCCCUGAGUACCUGACCAGCCCCCUCUCUCAGCAGUCCCAGCUGCCUCCAAAGCGUGAUGAGACAGCUCUGCAAGAGGAAGAGGAGCUCCAGCUGGCUAUUGCCUUGUCUCAGUCAGAGGCUGAGGAGAAGGAGAGAAUGAGGCAGAAAACAACCUACUCCAUGUACCCUAAGGCUGAGCCCACUCCUGUCACGUCGUCGGCUCCCCCAGUCAGCACCCUCUACUCCCCACCUGUGAAUUCUUCUGCUCCCUUGGCCGAGGACAUUGACCCAGAGCUGGCUCGGUACCUGAACCGCAACUACUGGGAGAAGAAACAGGAGGAGGUUCGCAAGAGCCCCACACCAUCAGCACCCCUGUCCCUGGCAGAGCCGGCUGUGCAGCCUGGGGAGGCCCACCCUGCCCCUCUUGGGGUGGUUGAGCAGCAGUACCAGAACGGCGAGUCCGAGGAGAACCACGAGCAGUUCCUGAAGGCGCUGCAGAACGCAGUCACCACGUUCGUCAACCGCAUGAAGAGCAACCACAUGCGAGGCCGCAGCAUCACCAACGACUCCGCCGUGUUGUCCCUCUUCCAGUCCAUCAACAACAUGCACCCGCAGCUGCUGGAGCUGCUCAACCAGCUGGACGAGCGCAGGCUGUACUAUGAAGGGCUGCAGGACAAGCUGGCGCAGAUCCGGGAUGCGCGCGGGGCCCUGAACGCGCUGCGGGAGGAGCACCAGGAGAAGCUGCGCCGUGCGGCCGAGGAGGCAGAGCGGCAGCGCCAGAUCCAGCUGGCACAGAAGCUGGAGAUCAUGAGGCAGAAGAAGCAGGAGUACCUGGAGAUGCAGCGCCAGCUGGCCAUCCAGCGGCUGCAGGAGCAGGAGAAGGAGAGGCAGCUGCGCCUGGAGCAGCAGAAGCAGACCAUCCAGAUGAGAGCCCAGAUGCCAGCUUUCUCACUGCCUUACGCCCAGCUCCAGGCCAUGCCCGCAGCCAGCGGGGUGAUGUACCAGCCCUCUGGGCCCACCAGCUUCCCUGGCACCUUCAGCCCAGCUGGCUCUGUGGAGGGCUCUCCCAUGCACAGCGUGUACAUGAACCAGGCUGCACAGGGGGGAACUGGGCCCUACUCUGCCAUGCCCGUCACCGGCACCGAUCCCAGCAUGGUGAAUGCCUACAUGUACCAGCCGGCUGCCAGCAGCGGGCAGGGGCCUCAGCAGGGGCCAGCAGUGCCCACCACCACCCCUGCAUAUUCAUCCUACCAGCCCACACCCACACAGGGCUACCAGACUGCAGCCUCACAGUCACAGAGCAUCCCAGCCAUCUCCCAGGCACCCCAGUCAGGCACUAUGGGCUACAUGGGCAACCAGUCUGUCUCCAUGGGCUACCAGCCCUACAGCAUGCAGGGUCUCAUGUCUGCCCUGCCAGGCCAGGACACAGCCUUGAGCAGCCUGCCAGCCCAGCAGUCCUACCUGCCUGGGCAGCAGCCCCUCUACCAACAGGUGGCCCCGGCUGGGGGGCCCCCCCAGCAGCAGCCCCCAGCAGCGCCUGCCCCCGGGCAGCAGCCCCCGGGCAGCGGAGAGGCCCAGCUCAUCUCGUUUGACUGAUGGCAGCCACGGGGCACAGGGAUCGCAGCGUCCCGUGGCUCCAGUGUAACACUACUCUUCAUCUGAAAUCACUCUGUACUUCGACUCCUCGUCCUGCCCCGCGGC